GAAAAAGCGACUGAACAGAAAGCUUUUUGAGUGAAACGUUGGAGACUGUAAUUGGCCUUAAUACAUAGCCUCUACGAGUUUUCUUUUCCCGAUUAAUUUCUUUCAUUUUCCCUGCAGGUGAAUGUACCGCAGGUAGUAUUUUGGAUCGGCGAGCACUAUUGACUAUAUCGUGUUUCGAUACUGCCACUGCCUCCGCGAUUUCAUAAUUGACUUUUGAGUACAUAGCGUAGGGAUUUGCUAACGCCGCUGCCGCCUGGAACCAUAGGUAUAUCAAGAUGGCUAUUCGAAUAGCCAGUUCCCAUAAAUCUUCUCACGUAUAUGAAGACGUAUUCGAUGUUCUCCUCCAAUCAGAACAGUACCGGCUCUGGAAAAGGGAUGAUAUUAAAUGGCAACUAAGAUGUGUCGGGGGGCCUGGAUCAGGUAAGACUACGUUCUCGUCGCAAGUCGUCCAAGACCUCAAGACCGAUUUUAGAGACAGCAACACUAUUGUAGUCUCAGUCUUCCUGCAGCCGUCCCAUACUACUUGUAGUGUUGACAACGCAGUCUCAUUCACCGAACUACUCCUUGGUGAGGUUGAGCGGCAGUUGGGUUUGGCCCUAAAUAUUGGCUGUGGCAGCAGAAAAAGUCUCAAUGCGGGUUCUCUUGUGGCGCCAAGAUUCUCAUGCCCAGAAACGCUUCAUUGCGGCGACUUGCAUCGUGCGAUCGCUUCGCAUAUCAAUCUAUCUGACAGAACGUUUCUCAUUAUAGACGAUCUCGACGUGAUCUGGCCGAAUCUGGAUGGCUACUUUGAAAUUGAGAGAGAGUUGACAUAUCUUAAGGGGCUUGGCAUGAAAAUAUUAACUACCUCAAGAGUACUAAUCAAAGGCGACGAAGAUCUUGGUGAGUGCGACGUUGAUCUGAGUCGUAAACCUUUGGACUAUUGGUGGGAAUGCGUUGCCUGCGCAGGUGUGAAAGACUACUAUAUCUGUAACAACUGCAAAGAAGCUGGAGAACGCUGCCAUGAACCUGCACAUACAGCCAUUGAGUUCUUUCAACCCCAAAUAGUUCAUUUAGAUAUCGGCAAUCUGCCGCUGCCGGGAUUUUUGAAGUACUUCCUGGAAGAAGAUCAUGGUGAACUUGGUCUCAGAAGCCAUCUCAAGGUGCCUGUCCAGCAAGGCAUUUUGCCGCCAUUGUCGAAUCUGGGCCGAGAGCUGAUCAGUCCCGUCAACGAACAUUCAGCGGAAAAUCUCGUCAAAGAGCUAGCCAAACAAGCGAACGGCAAUAUAGGACUGGCAUUGUUGCGCCUGGAACAUAUUAGUGAAGCAGAGUCUCUGGAGAAAGCAAGAGCUAUCGCAGACCGAAUCCCAAGACCCAUUGUCGAACUUUUCAAUGCAGGUAUGCUGGGCAUUGCAAGCAAGCCUGCGGGGAUAUACCGCGACCUCGGUUUACAAGCCAUAAAAGCCGUCGGUGAGUCUGCUGGCGGGCUCUCAUUUACGGGCUUGAAGGAACGUCUCUUGACCAACUGGCAAGGUGACACUCAAGCACUGGAAGUUCUGCUGGAAUCGGAGCUUGGAAUGGAAGAGAUUCUGCUCGCCUCACACGGGUUCCUUGUGCCACAGGAGAGUAAAAUUCCAUCUCUCGAUUGUUAUCAUAGUAAUUUUCAUUAUUAUAUUGCUGAGCACUAUGCUCAAAACUUCGAUGGCUAGGAGGGCAAAAACUUGACAAUAUUUGAGUCUGAAUUAUUCACCGCUUAAAAAAGUCACACAAUUCCAAUUUAUGCGUUGCGCAGUGGUGUUUGUAGGAUA